AUGUCCCACGUUGGCACAUUCUAUGGCUUUGAGAAGCAGCGCCAGGCCAUAACCGUGCGCGCCGUGGCGGCGUUCACGGGCCAGUCGCUCAUCACACCCCCCGUCAUAUACGGCGAGACAAACAAGACGCCCGAGUACCUCGCGCUCUUUCCAUUCGGCAAGGUCCCCGCGUUCAAGGGCGCGGACGGAUUUUUGCUCACCGAAGGAGCAACCAUUGCUCGGUAUCUGGCAGCGAGGAAUCCAGAGAGCGGGUUGCUGGGAAAUGAUAUCAAGGAGAGCGCGCUGAUCGACCACUGGGUGCACUUUGCGGAGACGAACCUCCACACGAACCUGGAGCCCAUUUUUUUCUGGUCCGUUGGCAUUGCGCCGGGGUACACGCCUGAGCAAACAGAUUGGCUAUACGACCGUGCCAUCUUCGGGCUCGGCCACGUCGAGUCGUACCUGGGUGAAGAGGGCGGGCGCGAGUACCUCGUUGCGGGGCGACUGACGCUUGCGGACCUUGUCAUGGCUGCAACCAUCUACUUCGCGACGCGGGUCGUCCUUGGCAAGAAGGAGCGCGACGCGCUGCCAAGGACGAUGGCGUACUUUGAGAGGAUCAAGGCAGACGAGCGCGUGGGCGGAGAGAUCACGGAACCCGAAUAUUUGGAGGUCAGGUGGGAGGGAAAGCCAGUGACGAAUUAA